AUGGGGCGUGAUUCGGCUUUGUUUAAGCACCUAUCUCAGGUGGAUUUCGAGGAAAUCCGAAUGAAAAGUACGUCUGAGGCAAAUGAGACGGAGGAUGAGGAGUCGGCUUCCCUCUCUGAAAGAACCGAUACAGAGAAGACAGAGGACGAAAGAUCGGUCAAUGAGGACAAGCAUUCGGCCCAGAGCCCGGACAAUACCGGUCCUGAUACCAAUCCUGAGACCACCGAGGGUGGUGAAGAGGACGGUGAGGAAGGUGAUAAAGAAGCCGAUGAUGAAGGCGGCGACAAAGAUAAGGAGGAGGCCGAAGAAGCAGAGGCCGAUAGGGUAACUCUAAAACUCCUAAAAAUCGCCAAAGAGCGGGCCGAGUCGAUUUAG